AUGUCGAGCUCUGCAUCCUCGUCCUCUCCCGCGGGAUCCAAUCCCGUUGGCACUGUCCAAGAGAAGCUCAUGAGGAACAACUACCUGCUGUGGAAGGUGCAGGUCCUUCCGGCUAUUCGCGGUGCGCAUCUGAUGGGAUACAUCAACAGAAAGGUGGAGGAGCCACCGGCCGAGCUGACAAGCACUGACGACAACGACAAGAAGGUGUCCAACCCAGCGUACGUCGCAUGGGUAAUCAACAUGGAAACCUCGCACGAGAUCUGGGAGGCCAUCGAGCAGAUGUUCUCCUCCAGCAUGUUGGCCAAGCUCGUCAACACCCGCAUCGCCUUGGCCACUACGCCCAAGGGGAAUAUGACCGUCACUGAGUACUUUGCUAAGAUCAAGUCCUUUGGUGAUGAGAUGGCUUCCGUCGGCAAGCCGCUCGGGGAGGACGAUCUGGUGUCCUACGUCCUCGCCGGCCUCGACUUCGACUACAACUCCUUGGUGUCGGCUAUCUUCACGCGUGUGGAGCCGAUCAAGAUGGCGGAUCUCUACUCGCCGCUGAUGGGCUUCGAGUCACGCCUCAACCUGCUGCAGGGCCAAGCCGGAGGGCAAGUGCAGUCGUCUGCCAACGCUGUCACUCGUGGCGGCGGUAGUGGAGGACGUGGCGGCUACAACAACAACCGUGGCCGCGGGGGCAACAAUGGAGGUGACCGCAACCGCGGCAAUGAUCGCGGCAAUGACCGCGGCAACUACAACAAUGGGUCGGGAUCCGGGGGCUACAACAACAACAACUCCGGGUCCAAGCCUCGGUGCUAA